AUGCUGUUAAACCAAACACAAACCAAUGAAUUCCUGAUGUUAGGAUUUCAAACAACGUACAAGUUCAGGAUAUUGCUAUUCAUUGUAUUUUUAAUAAUGUAUGUACUCACAAUAACAGGAAAUCUAUUGAUUGUUACUUUGAUAUUCACUUGUAAUCAGCUGAAAUCUCCAAUGUACUUUUUUCUCAGCAACCUAUCUGUAUGUGAAAUCCUUCUGACAACAAACAUUGUCCCUAAUAUGUUAUAUUUGUUGUUAGUAGGUCAAGGUUUUGUUUCCAUCUUAAAAUGUUUUUUACAGUUUUACUUUUUUGGCACUGCUGCCACCACAGAGUGUUUUUUGCUUGCAGUAAUGUCCUAUGACAGAUAUGUGGCAGUUUGCAACCCAUUACGUUACAACUCCAUCAUGGACAGAAGCUUUUGUCUACACUUGGCAAUAAGUGUUUGGGUGAUAGGUCUGAUGGCAACUGUUGCAACCAUUAUUUUAUUGAGCAUGUUGCAUUUCUGUGGUCCCAAUAUUAUUGAUCACUUUUUCUGUGAUCGUGAACCAAUCUUACAACUUUCCUGCUCAGAUACAGUGGUUGUUAGGAUAGAAUCACUAGUUUUCUCAUUCCUUAUAACUCUUUGGCCCUUUAUGCUUAUUAUUUGGUCUUAUGCCUCUAUCAUUAGUAGUAUACUCAAACUAACAGUGACCAUUGAUAGACAGAAGUCUUUCUCCACAUGUAGUUCUCAUCUUGUGGUUGUGACCAUGUACUAUGGAUCAUUAAUCAUAAUGUAUGUGGCUCCAUCAGCAGACCAGUCAUUUAAUAUUAGUAAGUUAUUGUCUUUAUUAUACACGGUAGUGACCCCUUUGCUCAACCCUAUAAUAUACAGCCUGAGAAACAAGGAUAUUAAGAGAGCUUUGAAGCAAGUCAUGCAAAAAAAGUCUGAACUAUGA